AGAUACAGUUUUGCCAGUGGUCUGAUCAACUUAAAGAUUCAUUCAUCACGUUUUUAAUAAAAUGCUUUAAUUUCACUAUUAAAAUACGAUAAAUACAUUUAAAAAAGGGUGUCAUUAUAUUUAAUAUUAAGAAUGUCAUUAUUAGAAAAAAUUCGGAUGUUGAAUAAGGAACAGUUAAUAAUAGUAAUUAGAGAGAAUGGAUUUGAAGGCAUUGCCGAGAUUCUGGAAGAUAAGGACAUAACUGGCCAAACGUUUCUUAAUCUUCCUACAUUUCAGCUUAUCAGUUGGAAUUUAUCAAUAAGAGCAAUGAAAACUCUCACUAAAUUUAUAGAACAAGUUAAAAAUAAUCCACAAAUCCUCAACAGAAACAAUUUACUCAAAGCAUAUCAAGAAAAACAGGAAUUUUCUACAAAUACGAGUGUAAAAGUAAAAUCAUCCCAGAAUAUUGACGCUCAAAAAUCCUCACAUUUGAAUGAUUUUAAAAAUAAAUUAGCGAUCACAUUAAACUCAGAAAAAUCAUACCGGUUUCAAAAACCGCCGAUGAUUGACAGAGAUCUAUUAACUAAUAAGGAAUCUAAUACUAUUUCGCAAGAUCCCAGUGAAUUUCAUAUGAAACCAAAGCCUGUACUUCCACUUCCCAAAGUGAGAGAAAAAAUACCAACUCCAAGGAUACAUCAAAUACCUUUUGUUAGAGGAAAAAACUCGGAAUAUCCAGAUUCCGAUUUCAUUGUAGAUGUUAACGACACACAAAAUAAUUAUACUAGAUAUAUAAAGGAUCAGAGUAAAAGAUCUGCAAUGUGCCAAAAUCCUUUAAGUUAUUCAGAGGAUAAUAGCUCAUCUGUAAAUAUUAGAAAACGUCUACUGACUCCAACAGAAGUUCAAGGCAAUCUGGAAAUUCCCGAAGAUAUUAAUAUGUCAACAGAAGACUUGAAAUUCAUUUCUCAUAGUAAUAACAAUACAUAUCCAUCGAGUUACAGACAAAAUCUGCCGACUCCUGUUGAAGUUUCUAUCAAUAGAUUUAAAAAUAUUGAACCACUUCCAUCGAAUUUAACUAAAAUGAUUCCUGACCAUGAAGGCAUUACUCGUUUAUAUAAGAAACCAUUAGUAGAGGAUACUGAUAUACUUAACAAAACAAAAAACGUAUCAAAAUCUCCAGCUAGGAUUUUUAAUACACCAGGUAAUCUCAUUGAGCGAAGGCCUCUCAAAACUUAUGAAAAUCACCAUAUCGAUGAUAACAAUCCGAACCGACUUGACCAAGAUCCAAUAGAAUUCUACAAAAAUCGACCACUGCCUCCAGUUCCAAGAGAUGAAGAGAUAAUUAGCUGUGUAAAUUCGAAUAAAACCGACCGUAGAGUACCAAAGAGUCUUGAUGAUAAUUUAAUAAGACGAAAUGUUAUACAUGGAAAUGCGACACGUAGAUCAGUUGACUUCAACAACGAAAGAUUCUUCAGAAAUACCGAUAGAAGAGGAGCUGAACGUCUUUUAAUGAAUUUGAGAGAUGGAGCUUUCCUAUUCAGACCGAGUAAAAAAUAUUAUUUGGCUUUGACUAUUAAAUAUAAACAAAGCUUUUAUAAUUUUGGAAUUGAAAGAACGUCAAAAAUGACAAUUCGUUUAAAUGCCGAUACAAACAAUGUUGCACCAGAAUUUAGAACCCUUCGGGAUUUUACCGAAUAUUUCACCAUAGAACCAAUUUCGUUCAAAAACGAGGAUGAAUUAGUUGAUAUAAUACUAGAACCAGUUCUUCCUGAUAAUUUUAAUUAAGACUUAUUUAUGCUAACUUUAUUAAAUAUAUCUAACUUAAAAUUCUUAUCAUU